UUCCACAGCAGCCCCAAUGUUUUCUUUGAGCUGGACCUGACCGACCCUCUGACCAUCUCCAAGCUGACCAGCUGCCAGCUGCUGCCCCAUGGGGAGAAUCUGCAGACGCUGCUACCUCGAGACUUGUACCGCCGCCUCAAACGCCACCUGGACUAUAUCAAACACAUGAUGCCUUACUGGAUGACCGCUGACCAGCGUGGCCGCGGCCUGUAUGCUGACUACCUGUUCAAUGCCAUUGCAGGGAACUGGGAGAGGAAAAGGCCUGUGUGGGUGAUGCUGAUGGUCAACUCGCUGACAGAGUGGGACGUUCGGUCCAGGGGGACGCCAGUGCUGGAUCUAUUCUUAGCUCAAGAGGCUGAGAGAAUGGGAAAGACAACAGGGGCAGUGGAGCGAGUGGAGGAGCAAUGUCAUCCCCUAAAUGGGCUCAACUUCUCACAGGUGCUGUUUGCUUUGAACCAGACACUGCUGCAGCAUGAGGGUGUUCGAGCAGGCAGCCUGCAGGGCUCCUACACCACUGAGGACCUCAUUACACACUACAACUGCGGUGACCUCAGCUCCAUCAUAUUCAACCAUGACACCUCACAGCUGCCUCACUUCAUCAACAGCUCCCUGCCAGCUCAUGACCUAAUGACAGCCCAGCAGAUUGACAGCUACUUCCGCCAGGAGCUCAUCUAUAAACGCAAUGAGCGAAUGGCUCGCCGUGUGUCUGCCUUGCUGCACAGAAAUCCCAACCAGACUUACUUCUUUGCUUUUGGUGCAGGUCACUUCCUGGGGAACCACAGUGUACUGGACAUCCUCAGGCAGGAGGGCUACGAGAUCAUCCACAUGCCCUCUGAUCACCAAGAACUAGUGACAGAGAAUAAACCAGCUAAAGAGCCCAAGGCGGUGACCAGCGAGGAGAACCCUGAUACUAGUACAACCUUUCCCACCAGCUGGCUGACCAGUCCACCUGAGAUGGAGCUGGAGCUUGACGAGCCAGAGGACAUACCUGGUCUUGGGGAGGAGGAUCUGCCUCACAUGCUGCUCCCCGACAGCCUGAGCCAGCUGGAGGAAUUUGGACGACACAAAAGGCCUCGCAAAGCUCACCGCAGCCAUGGACGACCUCGCCUCUUCAGUGACCUGUGGGUUCGCAUCGGGGAUGGUGCUACCCCACCACCUGUGAGGAUUAUCAACGGCUAUGUGACAGCGGAGCCUCCACUGACCCAUCAGGAGCAUCGCAGACGGAUGGAGAUCUACACUACGGAGCGUCACCCCGUUCCAACAUCCCCCACUCUACCUAGUCCCAGCUCAGCUCAGCCAGCCUUUGUUCACAGCACACUCACACUGUCUUGUCUUUUAGCCUGGCUGUUAGCACACAUUUUGUUCACCUCCUGACCACAAGACCAGCAUUAUCUCACAAACCCUCAGACACUACUGCAUCCGUACCAGAGCAGCAGAAUGCGCCUGAUAAGCAAGGUUCGACCACCGACACAUUCUGAAAAGAGAUAGAGGAAUAUUUUAGUACGGACAUGACGCCCUGAGGUGGAACAAUCUUGUUGUCAGCUUCCACCACAGGUGUCUAAAAAUGUGUGGAAUAAGCCUUUAGCUACUACACAAAUAAUGAUCGAAGUGUAUAUUGUAUAGUCUUCAAGCCUCAUGAAAGUAUUAUGAUAGAAUAACAAACACAGAGAGCAAUGAAAACCUGUACUUCUGAAGAGUUUGUGUGGUGGAGUCUUCUACCUAAUUAAAACUGUAUAGAAAAAUAAGACUGACAUUAAUAAUGAGAACUGAACAUACUAACAACAGUAAAUGAAUUACAUGCAUACAGUCACACAGUACUGUGUAGGAGCUGGAGCACUGAGUUGCCACUUUUGUAAAUUGUGCAUUUUGUUCAUAAAGAAAUUUGUAUAUUUAUUAUUUCUGGAAGAAGAGAGUUUAUUUUCUUGC